UAUGUUCAUCUGUUAUAAAAAGUCAAACCUCUGCUUUGACAGACAAACAGACAGACAAACACAGCAAAUUCUAUGCGCAGUGUUCUUGUUUGAGGAACAAUGGGAGUCUGGACUGUCCGUGUGUCUCUCUGUCUACUCUUUGCUCUCAAUGCUUCAGCUUGUCAGAGCGGGUGGAGUCCUCACGGGACAAGAUGCUUCAAGUUUUUAAUGAUCUAGUUUCCUGGAAGGAUGCAGAAAUGACGUGCUUGAACCAUGGUGGGAACCUGGCCUCUGUACACAGUCACACGGAACAAGCCUUCCUAAAUCUAUUGGUGUCAAGUUCAGAUCCAUUCUGGAUAGGAGGCUAUGAUGCCGUUUCUGAGGGGGUGUGGUUCUGGAGUGAUGGGACCAAAAUGAAUUUCCAACUUUGGAGGUCCAGAGAACCCAACAACUUGGGUGAAGAGCAUUGUAUUGAGACAAACAAUGCAGGUGCACAAAAUUGGAAUGACCUACAAUGUACAGACAAGUUAGCAUUUGUUUGUGCCACUGCUUAUUCUGUCAGAAGCCUUUAAAUGCCCAUGAUAAAUAAGAAAUGUCAUAUUUACUCUGCAUUGUAUUCACUCGUUCUAAGUUUAAUUUUGCUUUGCUGCAUAUUGCCUCAACAUCUUUCUUUCUGAAACUCAAUAAAUAAAACAGCAUUUAGUUAAUGUCCUGAAAAUCUGUUGAACCACUGUUGAAAUGUGGAGACAAACAUCUCCUGACAUUUUGAGGUGAAAACCUUCAACAUUUACUCUUUACAGAAUCCGAAGCAAUGCAUGCUGAGAACUAGAAAUGUAAUGCAUUCAACUUGUGUUCUGCUUAAGAUAAUCAGUUAUUGAGUUCAUAUAACUUUUUUAUAUUAAGUGGGACGAACUAUAGCUGAGUGAAAUUUACUUAUUUAAUUUCAUAAUUUACUCCAUAGCCUCAUACUAU